AUGACCGACUGGUUUACAAAUACUGACCCCAUGAAUCUUGUCAUCGAGGGACUAUAUCUUGGAAAUUACCUAGCAGCAAGUGAUAAAAAGUUACUUCAGAAACACGGAAUUACUCAUAUUUUAAGAGUUGUUCGUGAAGAUGUGGGAGACGUCUUUCCCUCUGAUUUCACUUAUAAAUUCUUAGAAUUAAGAGACAUCCCGGAACAAGAUAUAAAGGAGCAUUUUAAAGAAGCUCAUGAUUUCAUUGACUCUGCCCUAAGAGGAUCAAAAGACUUAAUGUUUCAGAACAAAGUACUGGUGCAUUGUCAUGCAGGUGUAAGCAGAAGUGCUACUAUAGUAAUUAGCUAUUUAAUGAAGCGCUACAUAAACUUUUCAUUUAAGGAAGCUUUCAAAUUUGUUAAAUCAAAGAGGUCAAUAAUUCAUCCAAAUUCUGGCUUUGUCAAACAACUCAAAGAGUACGAGAAACAAUUAAAAAUGAAACUGCUACACUCAGACUCCCUAUCAUCAUUUACUAGCAGAGUCUCUCAAAACAACUCUUCAAAAGAUUCAGUUGACUUGCUUAGUUCGAAGAUGAAUAAACUUCAAACUGAGAAAGUUGUGAGAACUCCUCGGCUUGAGAAGAUCAGGUAUGGUCCUCCAGCCAAGAAGAUGAGCAAUCCCUUACCUAUUAGUACUCCUUUUAUUAAUAUGGAGAAGGAAAAACUUGCUUCGACAUUGAGCCAACAGAACCUAUUUCCACCAGUUCCUGUUAUUUCAAAAGGAGUUGUACGCACUCCAACAAUUCUUAGCAAGAGCGGGCUUGACAUAGUGGCAAGGCCAAAGAUGGUCCAGAGAAUGAGCCACUCAAAUCCAAUUCAGAUUCAUCCAAGCGUGUAUUAUACUCAGAACUACAGGAAAUCUCACUUUGCUAAGGAAAAGAAUUCUAAGGACCCAUUUAGCAGCGAUUACAGGUCGGAAAAGAAAUACAUGACACCUCAAAGAACGUCUCUUAAGGCUGCAGGGCUUGGUGGAUUCCCAGAUAAAAGUUCCUAUAGAUACGCACCUCCAGCAGAUAUCCAAACUCCUUCAUGGAAGGCACCUGGGUUAUUAAGGAUUCCUAAGAGAACUAGCUCUGUAGCUAAUUCUCAAACAUUCUUAACCAAGUCUUUAUCAACAAGGAGUUUACCCAAAAUGGAGAAGAAGCGAGUAACUUUCGAUGUCUAACUGGUUCAGAUUACCUUUUCUUCUAAUAAUUCUUAAUAUUUUCUUGGGCAGACUCUGAUU